UCUCUCUCUCUCUCUGUAUAUAUAAUUUCUUCUUCUUCUGUCUGUGUCUGUGUCUGUGUGAAUUAUGUGAAAAAUACAUAAAAAAGCAUGGCAAGAAAUCUGAAUUCGUGCUUCACCAAGAUCAAAUCUCUAUCAUCUCCGGAACACACUGUCCCAGAAAAUCACGGCCGUCCCUUCUCCAACCCCUCCCCAUCCCUCUUAAUCAAGAACUUCAACUCCCUCUAUGACAGUUUCAACGCCGCCUCCGACCACCAUUCCACUUCCGAAUCUGAUACCGAGUCCCCAGCCACCACGCCGGACUUCGCCACCGCCUUUGCCUCCCAACGCUUCUUCUUCUCCUCCCCCGGCCGCUCCAACUCCAUCGUCGACUCGGCGGCCGCCUCCAUCGCCUCCACAUCAUCGUCCUCCACCUCACUCAACCAGCACGGAAACGACACCGUAUCAGGCGACAGCAUCGCCGUCCCCACCUACUCGCCCGACCCAUUCCUCGACUUCCGCCGAUCCAUGCAGGAAAUGGUGGAGGCGCGUGAAAUCCACGACGUGAGAGAAAACUGGGAUUACCUGCAUGAACUUCUAAUGUGCUAUCUUUCUCUAAACCCCAAAAGCACACACAAAUACAUCGUCGGAGCUUUCGCCGAUCUCCUAGUCAGCCUCAUCGCCUCCUCGCCUGAAAAGGGUGGCCGGAGAACACCUUCCCCCGCCGGAAAAUGCAAGAUUUCCCGGAAAUGCGUCUAAACCGUUGUUUGCUGACAGAAAAAAUGGUAACUGAAUCUCAAUCAAUAUCUUAUCAUUUUCUGCAACAUUUAUCUCAUUAAAAACAAAAAAAAAAGAGAAAAAAAAUCAUAAAUGUUGACAUUUCAUUACAUAUGGGGGAUGGUAUAGCAGUUGGUCCCCAAUUAUGUUCAAUCAAAUUCAAUCCCUUUAUCCUUUUACAGCAUA